AUGGCCCAUAAUAAUGCUGAACAAACAUUGAGACACAGUGAUUUCAGUAUCGAUCAUAUUUUGAAUAGAGCUGGAAGCAGUUAUAGUAAUAGUGAAAAAACUGGUGAUAGUGAUAAAGCGAGUUUUCAAUGGUUGCAGUGCUCUAGAUAUUGUCCUCCUAGAAUACCAAGAAUCCAUAAAAAAGAAGCUCAAAAACGUCAACUAGGUCGCCAUCCACGUAUCCCCUUUACAACUUACCAGCUCUCGAUUCUAGAACAAAAAUUCAAGGAAAGUCCUUAUUUGGGAAGCGAAGAAGUGAUGACUCUAUCCAACAAACUCCAACUGGCUGAUAUAAGGGUGAAAAUUUGGUUCCAAAACAGGCGCGCGAGAGAAAGACGCGAAAAACUUAGAGGCGACAAUCAGGACAAAAUGCAAGAUGAUGCGGUGGAUGAGAAGUUAUUGGGCAGUAGCAGACCGCAAAAUCCUGAAGAGUUUGUUGCUGAUUACAGUUUUAAAACCUCAUUUACUAAUAAUCUGGUUUUGCCGAGUGGUAGCAGUACUGGACAUCAUAUCAGUGAUAUUUAUAAUAAUAGUUUAAAAAAGUCAAUACUUUUAUCUACGGGAUUGCCUUUAUUUAUUCCUAGUAUUAAUUUUGUUAAUAAAAGUGAUGUUAAUUCAUGA